GCGGCACCAUGACCCUGGGCAGCUGCUGCUGCGAGAUCAUGUCCUCCGAGAGCUCCCCGGCCGCGCUGUCCGAGGCCGACGCAGAUAUAGACGUGGUGGGCGGCGGCGGCGGCAGCGGUGGGGGGGAGCCCCCUGCCCGUUCCGGACCCCGCGCCCCCCGGGACCUACUCCCCCACGGCCCCGAGCCUCCCCCAGAGGAAGCCGAGGGGGACGCCGCUGAGGACGAGGAGGAGUCCGGCGGCUGCUCGGACGGCGAGCCCCGCGCUCUAGCGCCCCGAGGGGCGGCGGCCGCAGCGGGAAGCCCAGGGCCAGGCACAGCGGCGGCCCGGGGCGCGGCGGGGCCCGGGCCCGGACCGCCGUCGGGGGGCGCGGCGACUCGGAGCCCGCUGGUGAAGCCGCCCUACUCGUACAUCGCGCUCAUCACCAUGGCCAUCCUGCAGAGCCCCAAGAAGCGCUUGACGCUGAGCGAGAUCUGCGAGUUCAUCAGCGGCCGUUUCCCCUACUACCGGGAGAAAUUCCCCGCCUGGCAGAACAGCAUCCGCCACAACCUAUCGCUCAACGACUGCUUCGUCAAGAUUCCCCGCGAGCCGGGCAACCCGGGCAAGGGCAACUACUGGACGCUCGACCCGGAGUCGGCCGACAUGUUCGACAACGGCAGCUUCCUGCGGCGCCGCAAGCGCUUUAAGCGGCAGCCGCUACCGCCGCCGCAUCCACACACGCACCCUCACCCUGAGCUGCUGUUGCGCGGCGGGGCUGCGGCGGCGGGGGACGCCGGCGCCUUCCUGCCGGGCUUCGCGGCUUACGGCGCCUACGGCUACGGCUACGGGCUAGCGCUCCCGGCCUACGGCGCACCCCCGCCGGGCCCGGCUCCGCACCCGCAUCCACACCCGCACGCCUUCGCUUUCGCCGCCGCCGCUGCACCUUGCCAGCUGUCGGUACCCCCAGGCCGUGCCGCGGCACCUCCACCCGGACCUCCGACGGCUUCGGUGUUCGCGGGCGCAGCCUCGGCUCCGGCCCCUGCGCCUGCGCCGGGCACAGGAUCGGGCCCGGGCCCCUCAGGCCUGCCAGCCUUCCUAGGCGCGGAGCUUGGCUGCGCCAAAGCCUUCUACCCCGCGUCCCUGAGCCCUCCCGCAGCAGGCACCGCGCUCCUGCGCCAGGGCCUCAAGACGGACGCGGGCGGCGGGGGCGCCGGGGCCGGGCAGAGGCCUUCCUUCUCUAUAGACCACAUCAUGGGCCACGGUGGCGGCGGGGCAGUACCCCCGGGCGGGGGCGAGGGCUCCCCGGGAUCGCCGUUCUCGGCGGCGGCGGGUCCUGGGGGUCAGGCCCAGGUCUUGGCCAUGCUGACUACCCCGGCCCUAGCUCCAGUGGCCGGCCACAUCCGCCUCUCGCACCACGGGGACGCGCUCCUGUCCUCAGGGCCCCCGUUUGCCGGCAAAGUAGCAGGCCUCAGUGGCUGCCACUUCUGACCGUGUCGGGAUCUGGGCCACUUAAGCCCGCACUCCUCAGUCUCUCCCGGGAGCUCCUGCGGUCGCAGCGGAACUCAGGGAGUCUAUUUAUGAAGAGUCUCCAGACCUUGGGCCGGCGCGCGUGACUUAGCACUUCAGGCUCCACGCACAGAAUCUCUCCGAUAGUUGGGACGAAGCGGGCUCCGUUGCUCAGGCAGAGGCCCGGGUCUCUGCGACGAGGUCGCUAGCCAUGAUCCCAUUCCAGUUUGAGCAGUAAAAGGGGGAGGGGGAAGUCUUCGCUUUUCCCCAGUCUCUGCGCCUCUCGGCAGCCCCGGAAGAAUGCUUUCCCGGAGAGGUGCCCGCCCAGGCCCGGCAGAUCCCGCCAGAAACACCAACUUCGCAGAGAGGUCUCCCUUUCUGCUUCUGCCUCACUCCUUCCCCAACUUUGAGGCCCUGAUUGUCCAAUAUUAUAAUUUAAAGACACCUAUUAUCUGCUUUGUGCUUAAAAGAAAAAUUCAACUUUUUUUUUUUCCUUGCUGUUCUCCAAGGAACUUCGUUCUCUUGGAAGCCUACAGCAAUGUCUACACAGGCGAAGGUGAACGGACAGGUGAAGCGAGGGAUCUCCACAAUCCCUGCGCAAUCCCGGAAUCCCUCUCCAUUGAGGAAAAUCCUCCCUCUUUUGUGUUGGGGCGCUUUUGAAGGAACUCUACCCCUUUCCCGUGGCCGGCUGGGUCCAGCCAUCCAGGGUCAGCAGCCCUCUCAGCGGUCUGCUACGUCCCAGGCCCUGGGAUAUUUAUUGUAGCU